AGGGAGAGAGUUCCAGAGUUUCGGGGCGUAGUGACUGAAGGCACGUCCAUCGAUGCCUCGUUCCCACAGAGAGAUGGCAGGGAGGGGUGAGGAGAGGGGGGGAAAGAAUGAGAACUAAGUGUUUUUUUUUCUCUCUGUUUGACUUGCCCGCAGAGUCCAAGAUCUGCCCCCCAUGUGACAACGAGAUGAAAGCUGACGUCAUCCUGGAGCACUUCUGUGCCAGUGAGUUUGCGCUCAAAAUGAAGAUCAAGGAGAUCAAGCGGGAGAAAGGCGAUCGCAAGAUCCUGUCUCAGAGGAAGAAGAAGGUGCUGAAGGCGGGGCCGCUGAAGAAGAAGGACUUGAAAAAACUGGUUCUGUUCAUCAAGAACGGGGCGAGUUGCCCCUGUACCCAGCUGGACAACCCCAGCAGCAACUUCCUGAUCAUGGGGCGCAAGUGGGACAACCAGCUCCUGCUCACUGUCAUCCACAAGUGGGACAAGCGUAACAAGGAGCUGAGGUAUGCCGUCAAGAUGAUGAAGAGCUACCAAUGUCCCACCUACCACCAUGUCUUCCAGUGACUCCCACCCCCAACAUCUGGGGACAAGAUGGACUGAGGCCCCGGCCUCCUAAUAAGCUUUUUAUACUCGUGGCCUUCAAGCAGUGCUGCGCGCUCUCCUAUUUACCCACCCCAUCCACAUCCCCCAUUUCCUCUCCUUC